CGCCUCCCUCCGCUGGCGGGGCCGGGCGAGGCUCCUGGGGCGGUGGCUGCAGCGCGGAGCCGGGCGCUCGGGGCGAAGGGAGCCCAGGCAAGGCGAGGAGUGAACGGGACAGCGGCUGUCCCGCAGCACCGAGGAGGCGCGUACCUGUGGCAUGGCAGAGGAUCUUCUUGCACAAGAGCACAAAAGUGUUUAAAGUUUGCAGAAUGAAAAGAUGGCACAGGCAAUGUUUGUACCACCAGGAUCUGAUAGCUUCUUCCUUUUCACCCAAGAGUCUCUUGCAGCUAUUGAGAAGCGUAUUGCUGAUGAAAAGUCUAACCGUGACAAAGAUGAGCAUAAAGAUGAUGGUGGUCAUGAAGAAAAUCAUCAAAAGCCAAGUAAUGACUUGGAGGCAGGAAAGACGCUGCCAUUUAUUUAUGGUGAUAUUCCUCCAGAAAUGGUUUCUGAGCCCCUGGAGGACCUGGAUCCAUAUUAUGCCAAUAAAAAAACAUUUAUAGUAUUGAAUAAAGGGAAGACAAUCUUCAGGUUCAGUGCCACCUCUGCCUUGUACCUUUUAUCUCCUUUCAAUAUUAUUAGAAGAAUAGCUAUUAAGAUUUUAGUUCAUUCAUUGUUCAGCAUGCUUAUUAUGCUCACUAUUUUGACAAACUGUGUAUUCAUGACAUGGAGUAAACUACCAGAAUGGACAAAGAAUGUGGAGUACACUUUUACUGGUAUUUAUACUUUUGAAUUUUUGGUAAAAAUCCUUGCAAGAGGCUUCUGUAUAGAUGAUUUUACUUGCCUUCGUGACCCCUGGAACUGGCUUGAUUUUAUUGUCAUUUCCUUUGCAUAUGUGACAGAGUUUGUGGACCUGGGCAAUGUCUCAGCGUUGAGAACAUUCAGAGUUCUCCGAGCUUUGAAAACAAUAUCAGUCAUUCCAGGCUUGAAGACUAUUGUGGGAGCGUUAAUUCAGUCUGUGAAGAAGCUCUCAGAUGUAAUGAUUUUGACUGUAUUUUGCCUGAGUGUGUUUGCACUAAUAGGACUGCAGCUGUUCAUGGGCAACUUGAAGAAUAAAUGCUUGUUAUGGCCAUCAAAAAAUUCAACGAGUUUUGAAAAAUACGUAGCUCCGUACAUUAAUGGUACAGAGUUUGACUGGACAGCAUACAUUGAGAAUGAAAGUCAUUUUUAUCGUCUAGAAGGACAAAAGGAUUUUCUGCUUUGUGGUAAUAGCUCAGAUGCAGGUAAAUGUCCAGAAGAGUUUAUCUGUGUGAAAGCUGGAAGAAACCCUAACUAUGGAUAUACUAGUUUUGACACAUUCAGUUGGGCUUUCUUGUCCCUGUUUAGACUUAUGACACAAGACUACUGGGAAAAUCUUUAUCAGCUGACGUUACGAGCUGUUGGCAAAACAUACAUGAUAUUUUUUGUUCUGGUCAUUUUUCUGGGUUCCUUCUACUUGAUUAACUUAAUUUUGGCUGUGGUUGCCAUGGCCUAUGAAGAACAGAACCAAGCAACUAUGGUUGAGGCAGAACAGAGGGAGGCAGACUUGCAGCAUAUGCUUGAACAGCUGAAGAAGCAGCAAGAAGAAGCUCAGGCAAUAGCAGCAGCUGCAGCAGAGAUGACAGAAUUAAGUGGUGAAAGUGGGAUUGGUGGACCUUCAGAUAGUUCUUCAGAAGCAUCCAAGCUUAGCUCAAAAAGUGCCAAAGAAAGGAGAAAUAGAAGGAAGAAAAGGAGGCAAAAGGAACUCUCUGGAGAAGAGAGUAACACAAAAGAGGGAAAGCUUUCAAAAUCUGAAUCAGAUGGCAGUAUCAGAAGGAAAGGUUUCCGUUUUUCUUUUGAUGGGAACAAACUUGCUUAUGGAACACAGCUCACAUCACCCCACCAGUCUUUACUAAGCGUUCGUGGCUCCCUGUUUUCUCCCAGACGUAGUAGCAGAACAAGUCUUUUCAGUUUUAGAGAUCAUGGAAGAGAGAUAGGAUCUGAAAAUGACUUUGCUGAUGAUGAGCACAGCACAUUUGAGGAUAAUGGAAGCAGAAGAGGUUCUCUUUUUGUGCCGCUCAGACACAGUGAACGACGCAGUAGUAACAUUAGCCAGGCCAGCAGAUCGUCAAGAAGGCCGACACCUUUUCCAUUGAAUGGAAAGAUGCAUAGCACUGUGGAUUGCAAUGGAGUGGUUUCCUUAGUGGAUGGACCACCGUGUCUCUUGUCACCUUCAGGUCAGCUUCUGCCAGAGGUGAUAAUAGACAAACCAACAACUGAUGACAAUAGCACUACUACAGAAAUUGAUAUAAAAAAGAGACGUCCAAGUUCAUAUCAAAUACCAAUGGAUUUGCUGGAGGAUCCCAAUUUAAGAGAGAGAGCUAUGAGUAUAGCUGGCAUUAUCACAAAUACAAUGGAAGAACUUGAAGAAUCCAGGCAAAAAUGUCCACCCUGCUGGUAUAAGUUUGCCCACACUUUCUUGAUUUGGAAUUGUUGGGAGCCUUGGUUAAAAGUGAAGAGUAUAGUUUCAUUGAUUGUAAUGGAUCCACUUGUUGAUCUUGCUAUCACUGUUUGCAUAAUUUUAAACACACUGUUUAUGGCCAUGGAACAUUAUCCAAUGACUGAAGCUUUUAACAAUACACUUAAAAUAGGAAAUCAGGUUUUUACUGGAAUUUUUGCAGCAGAAAUGGUUCUCAAGAUAAUUGCCAUGGAUCCUUUUUAUUAUUUCCAAGUUGGCUGGAAUAUUUUUGAUAGCUUUAUAGUGACCCUUAGUUUGGUGGAGCUUUUUCUGUCAAGUGUGGAUGGAUUAUCUGUUCUACGAUCAUUCAGAUUGCUUCGAGUUUUUAAAUUGGCAAAAUCUUGGCCAACUCUGAAUAUGCUGAUAAAAAUUAUUGGCAACUCAGUAGGGGCUUUGGGGAAUUUGACCCUGGUGCUGGCCAUCAUUGUGUUCAUUUUUGCUGUGGUUGGGAUGCAGCUGUUUGGGAAAAACUACAAAGAAUGUGUCUGCAAGAUCUCCCCCGACUGUGUACUUCCACGCUGGCACAUGCAUGACUUUUUCCACUCUUUCUUGAUUGUGUUCCGAGUGCUGUGUGGAGAAUGGAUAGAAACGAUGUGGGACUGCAUGGAGGUUGCAGGCCAACCUAUGUGCCUUACUGUCUUCAUGAUGGUCAUGGUGAUUGGAAACCUAGUGGUGUUGAACCUUUUUCUGGCCUUGCUGCUGAGUUCAUUUAGUUCAGACAGCCUUUCUCCUACAGAGGAUGAUAACGAAAUGAAUAAUUUACAGAUUGCUGUUGCAAGAAUUCAGAAGGGAAUAGAUUAUGUGAAGAAAAAAGCAGGUGAAUGUGUCCAAAAAUCUUGUUGGGGGAAACAAAGAGUUGUAAAUGAAAGAACAGCAACAGAUCAGUUGAAUGAUGAGAGACACCAUUGCAUUUCCAACUGUACCAUUGCUGAAAUAAGGAUAGAUACAACUUAUCACAGAAAUGAGAAUGGAACAGCCGGUGUUGUAGGUAGCAGUGAUUAUCCACCAUUCAUAAGCAACCCAAGCCUUACUGUUACGGUACCAAUAGCUGUUGGAGAAUCUGAUUUUGAACAUCUAAAUACAGAAGAGUUUAGCAGUGACUCAGAUUUGGAGGAAAGUAAGGAGAAGAUAAAUUUUUCCAGCUCAUCUGAAGGCAGUACAGUUAAUUUAGCUCUCUUUGGAGAAGAAAAAGCUGAGACUGAACCAGAAAAAGCAUCAGAGCUACAGGCAUGCUUUACAGAAGGCUGUAUACAGAAGUUUAAAUGCUGUAAAGGCAAUAUAGAAAGCACAAAAGGAAGAAUCUGGUGGAACCUUAGAAAAACAUGCUACAGGAUAGUAGAACACAACUGGUUUGAAACAUUCAUUGUCUUCAUGAUUCUUCUCAGUAGUGGUGCUUUGGCUUUUGAAGAUAUAUAUAUUGAGCAGCGUAAGACUAUCAAGACCAUACUAGAAUAUGCUGAUAAAAUAUUCACUUACAUCUUUAUUCUGGAAAUGGUGCUAAAAUGGGUGGCCUAUGGUUUCCAAACUUACUUCACUAAUGCUUGGUGCUGGCUGGACUUCCUGAUUGUUGAUGUCUCCUUGGUUAGCUUGGUAGCUCAUGCCCUUGGUUUCUCAGAACUCAGUGCAAUUAAAUCCCUCCGAACACUAAGAGCUUUGAGACCUCUAAGAGCUUUGUCACGCUUUGAAGGCAUGAGGGUGGUUGUGAAUGCUCUUACUGGAGCAAUCCCAUCCAUUAUGAAUGUACUUCUGGUUUGUCUUACAUUCUGGCUAAUUUUCAGCAUCAUGGGAGUAAAUUUGUUUGCUGGCAAGUUUUUUAAGUGUAUUAAUACCACAACUGGUGUUGAGUUAAAACCCGAAGAAGUUGAUGAUGAAACUGCGUGUAAAAAUCUUACGAGCACUCGAUGGAAAAAUGUGAAAGUAAACUUUGAUAAUGUUGGAGCUGGUUAUCUUUCUCUGCUUCAAGUCGCAACAUUUAAAGGAUGGAUGGACAUAAUGUAUGCUGCUGUUGACUCUAGAGAAGUAGGGAAACAGCCCAAGUAUGAGGAUAACCUAUACAUGUAUCUUUACUUUGUUGCCUUUAUCAUCUUUGGAUCGUUUUUCACCCUAAAUUUAUUCAUUGGUGUCAUCAUAGAUAACUUCAACCAACAAAAAAAGAAGCUUGGAGGUCAAGAUAUUUUUAUGACAGAAGAACAGAAGAAAUACUAUAAUGCAAUGAAGAAGUUGGGUUCCAAAAAACCACAAAAACCUAUACCUAGACCAACGAAUAAAUUGCAAGGCUUGGUAUUUGAUAUUGUAACAAAGCAAGCAUUUGACAUCAGCAUUAUGGUCCUCAUCUGUCUUAACAUGGUCACCAUGAUGAUAGAAACAGAUGACCAGGGUGACCUGAUGCAAAAUAUUUUAUACUGGAUUAACUUGGUAUUUGUUGUCCUUUUCACUGGAGAAUGUGUCUUCAAACUGUUCUCACUACGAUAUUAUUACUUCACCAUUGGCUGGAAUAUAUUUGAUUUUGUGGUUGUUAUUCUCUCAAUAGUAGGUAUGUUUUUAGCUAAGGUGAUUGAAAAGUAUUUUGUGUCCCCCACAUUAUUCCGAGUUGUACGACUUGCCAGAAUAGGUCGAAUCCUGCGUCUCAUUAAAGGCGCUAAGGGAAUCCGCACUCUGCUCUUUGCUUUGAUGAUGUCUCUUCCUGCUUUGUUCAACAUUGGCCUGCUGCUGUUCCUGGUCAUGUUUAUCUAUGCGAUAUUUGGCAUGUCCAACUUUGCCUAUGUUAAGAAGGAAGCUGGGAUUGAUGACAUGUUCAACUUUGAAACAUUUGGCAACAGCAUGAUCUGCCUAUUUCAAAUCACCACAUCUGCUGGCUGGGACGGUUUGUUAGCCCCAAUUCUGAACAGUGGGAAGCCAGACUGUGACCCUGAGAAACCUCAUCCAGGGAGCUCUGUUAAAGGAGACUGCGGCAACCCUUCCGUUGGGAUUUUCUUCUUUGUCAGCUACAUCAUCAUAUCCUUUCUGGUAGUGGUGAACAUGUACAUUGCUGUGAUUUUGGAGAAUUUUGGUGUUGCCACUGAAGAAAGUGCUGAACCUUUGGGUGAGGAUGACUUUGAGAUGUUCUAUGAGGUUUGGGAAAAAUACGAUCCAGAUGCCACACAAUUCAUAGAAUAUAACAAACUGUCUGAUUUUGCAGCUUCUCUGGACCCUCCUCUUAAUAUACCAAAACCAAACACAAUUCAGCUUAUUGCAAUGGAUCUGCCCAUGGUAAGCGGUGACAGAAUUCACUGCCUUGACAUCUUGUUUGCUUUCACAAAGCGUGUUUUGGGGGAAAGUGAUGAGAUGGAUGCCCUCAGAAUCCAGAUGGAAGAUCGUUUUAUGGCAGCCAAUCCUUCUAAAGUCUCCUAUGAACCAAUCACAACCACAUUAAAACGCAAACAGGAGGAAGUGUCUGCUACUAUUAUUCAGCGUGCUUAUAGAUGCUAUCUUUUAAGGCAGUCAAUAAAGAAACUUUUAUAUAUGUAUCGCAAAGAUGGGGCUGAUCUCCUUAGCAAAAAAUGUAUGACUUUUGGUAAGCUAAAUGAAAACUCCCCUCCAGAGAAAAUGGAUAUGACUACAUCCACCACAUCUCCACCUUCUUAUGAUAGUGUAACAAAACCAGAAAAGGAAAAAUAUGAAGAUGACAAGUCAGAAAAAGAAGACAAGGGGAAAGACAGAAAAGGAAAUAAAAAGUAAAAGAGGACAUAAAUAUAUGGUCUGUGAUGGCUGUUUACAGCCUGAGAAGAUGAUGUUUUUAUCAAUAAUACUUUUAUUGGAGGAUUAUGCCAAAAUGACAAAUUUUUACAUAUUUACCCAUAUUUACUACAGUCAGUGCCUGUACCAAAAUAAUGACUUUUGUCAUUAGUAAACCCUGUAUGUAAGAGGGAAACAGCCUUGCCAGAAAAGUAGCUUUUAUUACCAGCUGACAUUAAUGGAGAGGAGACUCUAAAUUUCCUCUUGGACUGUAUUGACCUUGAAUGGGAUGCAAAAUUACCAGUCAUAAGUCUGUAUUUUGUGGAAUAAAUGUAUCCACUGUGUACAUUUCAUCUGCUAAAUUCCAUUUGUGUAAUUUCUUUUGGUGAUCUCAUUUGCUUUAAUUCACAUACUAUUAUUUGUAAUUCUACUGUGUUGAGGAAAAAGGUAAAUACUCUUCAGAGGAACACACAUGUUAGGAAUACAUACUUAUAUCAUCAUAAUGUGAACAUAGUUAUCUUCAAGUGACCACUUCUAAAAGCAGAAAGACAAGAUUCCAGAUUCUUGGGCCUCUCUAGAGCAAAUGAUGCAGAACAGAGCUUAAAAAAAUAACUUAUCAGGAAACAAAACAAGGGAAGAAAUCACUUUCACAGAAAGAAGGUUGGUAGUUUGAUCUCUUUAUUGAACCUUCAUUUAUUACACAGUCCUAUUCAGGUAAUAAUUUAAAUAAAUCAUGCUACAUGCAAUUCCUGUUUUGAAAAAUAUGAAACUACAAUCUAAAAUCUUUAAGGGUCCAAGAUAGCACUUAGUUCCUGAGGGUUUUAAACAAUUCUAUCACAGAAAAGCUGUAAACACCAAUUUUUGCCUAUAGGGAAUUACUGAAAUAAAGUGGUAAUCUUUUUUAAAUUUAUUUAUUUAUUUUUAGAAAAUCUUUAGACCCACUAAUAAGUGGCUUUGAAACUCCAUUCUAAAGUCAAUCUCUACAGGUUUUAUUUAUUUUGUAUAAAUAAAACCCAUUUAAGACAAUAAUAAAAGCUAUAUGUAUAAACUGAUAGCAAUAUACCUACUGGGACAAAUAUUGCUUUAGUGUAUACCUCAUGCUGACAUUUCUGUAAUUUGUAGAAAUGGACCAUGACAGAGACCUGUACAUUGGAGGUGGUUUCAACCCCUAUGGCAUUCUAGUCAGGUUUCCACUGUAUGAAAUGCAAUCUUCCAUACAAGGCUGAGGUGACCAAAAGGAUGUGCUUGAAUCAGCUUUGUCCUGCACUGUGGUUUACAUCACUUUUUUUUUCUCAUUGGGGCUUAUACUUCAUAUGCAAGUAAAAUGUCCUCUGUUACUUAAUCAGUUGUUUUACACAGUGGUAUCUGUUUGAAAAGAGACAGUGACCUAAAUACUGUAUUUAUUGCAUCAAAUAUGUACCCUACUAAGUGUAGCUUAUAACGUUUCAAUAGAUAGCUUGAUAUAUUCUGUAAUACUCCAAAUAAUUGGGAAGCUUUAGCAUUGCUUGCUUUUAGCAUGCUUGCUGCUAUUAUCCUACAGCUAUUCAAGUCUAAGAUGGAAAGACAAGUGAAUGGUAGAAAGUAAAAAAACUGUUCGAGACCAUCAUUCCUCAUACCAGUAAGCAAUAGUUUGCUGUUAUUAUAGAUUUUAUUUUGAGUUUAGUAAUCAAUAAUAUGCAGUGAAUAACCAGACCACACAGGAUAAGUAUAUUGCUUAACUUGAUAAAAAUGUGGGGUUAUUGAAAAUAACUUUUAUAAUAUAUAUCUCUCAAUAUUGAUCUAUUCAUGUUGUUUUGCAAAUAAUUUUGUUUUAAACAUUUUGUACAUAUGAGAGGAUACUACAAAUAUGUUCACACUGUUAGUCAUUUUUAUUGCUUUCUAUCUGUGACAAUUUAUUGCUGGGAAACCUAAGAUACAAUGUGAAUUGGCAAUUGCAAUUUUUUGCAAAAUAGACUUUAAUAAGGAAUAGUUUUAAAAGAAAUAGUAGUAAAGAAAAAAGUAGUUCUUUGUAUGUGACACAAGAUAGAAGGCUAUCUUUUGAAAUCAUACUGAUGUCUGUCAAUAUUCAGGUUGUUCUUAGUCACAGAAACUUUACUUUUGCCGUGUUAGUCUCAUGCUGUCUGCUGGUCCCAUUAAUUCAUGCUGCAGUACUAGUGUUUUAAAUAUAAUUUGCUAUUCAAAAUCUUUCUUUGUGAGAAUAAAUAGUGACCUUCUAUAAUGGACAGUGGAAUACCUUGCAUUUCUUACAAAAGAAAAUAUAGAUGGGCUUCUGCUUUUACAGAAACUGUUUACUUGCAGUGUACUGGUGAACUGCAUGCAGGAAGUUGUUUUACCAAAAGUAACAACAUUGCUAACAACCCAAAAGAAUAAAGAUAACAUUUUUAUAUACUCAUUUUAGUCCUUGUGUUUUUAUUGUAUGAAGUUAAUACAGUCUAACAAGCAAUUGGUAAAACUAAGGGUGAACCACUUCUGAUGCCAUUACAGGCACACAGGAGGUUGCAAACAGGCAGCAGGAUGUGGGGCAAGUGGACAUGUGCAUGGAGUAAUUAAUGAUUUUUUUCAUAUCUCUUGUGAAGGCUACUGUAUACUUGGGUUAAUAGAGCUAACAGGAGGGGGAAAAAAAAAAAGACAACCUCAAGUAUGUUAUAUUUUCUAGAACAACAUGUAUGUUUAUUGUAGUAUUGUAGUUAUACCUAAUUUCAGUUAAUUUAUUUUCUGUGCUUGUGUCUGUGUCCAGAGUAGUUAUUGUUCUAAGAAUACUUAUACAAAACAGUAGCGUAAAUGUUCUGUAAAAAUUCUUGGUCAUUGAAUUGCUGAUUGAAGCAAUUCUGCUGAUUGAAGCAAAACUGUUUAAGUCAGUGCUAGAUAGGUAGGUAGAUAAAUUUUAUGUGUAAUAAGCAUGGAAUGCUUAUCUAAAAAUUUUUACUAUGAAUAUGGUAAUGUGCAGAAGUGUAUGUGAGAUCAUUUACAAUAUCAGUUUGAUUAUGGUUUCAAUAAACAAAAUGUUAAGUGAAGUCAUUCA